GGCGAGGGCAGCCCGCCUGCAUGGGAAUCAGCACGGCCUUUUCGGGACAUUCGAGGAGCCGCAUCCUAUCGGAUAUUCCUCCAAUUGGCCAGAAUACGGGACGAAUUCUGGGACCGAGACAACAGACGUGUGGGACAACACCACCGAGAGUUUCCCACGGAGUGACUCUGCAACCGCAGGCUACCAAGAUAAUCCCUGGUUCCCGAGCCAAACCCUAGCUACUUGCGACCCUCUGCUGACCCAAUUUUCCACCGAUGAGUGGCCAAAUGCGUCUACGGGACCGGCGGAUCAAGGCAUCGAUGGCUCUAUGCUCGAGGGUACACCAAAUCCUUUUGGAGUUCAAGCUUUCAACUUGAAUUCUAGCCAUGAUCUCGGUUCAAACCAACUGAACGACGAGAUCUUCAAGGGCUAUGAGCAUCUGCUGCUCCCGUCUGCCACCGAUGAGUGGGAUGCGCCAAUGCCUGAAGCCGUACCCAGGCUCACUACGGGACUGGCGGGAGGCAUCGAUGGCUUUACGCUUGAGGGUCUACCAAAUUCUUUUGGAGUUCAAGCUUCCAACUGGAAUUUCAGUGCUGAUCUCGGUUCCAACCAACUGGACGACGGGAUCUCCAAUGGCCAUGAGCCGGCCAAGGCGGCUGAGACGCGCCCUUCCGAACAGCAUACUGUCACGCCAACCUCAGGCCCUUCUUAUCGCCAAAUGCCUGGUUCGACGAACGCGGAUUUCUCAACAUCAAAUCGUUGUUCUUGCAACCUUCGCUUCGGGAGUUGGACGAAAUUGGACGAACACCUUCUACUUACCGGGCACCAUCGGGACAUACACGUGGUGCUCAUCCAGAGCUUCGAACAUGCCGCCAGUGCCAAGCGGCCUUUCCCAACAUCCCUAGUCUAG